CUCCAGUCCGGUCUGACCAGUCGCGCCAAGAACAGCGAUCUUCAUGAUUUCUCCGGACGGGACCUUCCUGCUACAACACGACAAUGUGUUAGAGAAAGGGAUACAAAUAUGAAUCGUGAUUCUUACAGGAAAAAAAAGAUGUCCCCAUCACAAGGACAGAUCGUGUUGAGUAUUCACCAUGAAGCUGGCGGUCUGCCUGUUCCUCGGCGUGACGGUUUUCAGCGCAUCGACGGCUGAUCUCUCUCCUCCGGUGGUGAACAUCAGCCUGGACGAGCCUGCCUUUCAGCGCUGGGCUCCCCUCAAGAACCUCUACGACAUCGACUUCUUGAGAAAAGCCGCAUCUGAAGUGAUCGAUUCAACUGUUCCCAAAUGGGUUCAUGAUGCAGUUAAACCUAUAGUGAAGGCUCUGGAGAAAUACAUCCCCCAGCCGUAUGCUGGAGAAAUACAGGGCAUGGCAUCCUUCUAUGGCACCGAUAUUGCAGAUAUUGUGCUGUUGAACUUUGCCUAUGAAGUAUCUGCCUUUUGCACCAGUAUUGUAACUCAAGAUGCAAAGGGCAAUAUAUACCAUGGAAGAAACCUGGACUAUCCCCACGAUGUGCUCAGAAAUCUUACUCUAGAUGUGCUUUUUAUUAAAAAUGGAAAGGUGGCAUACAGAGGAACCACUUUCGCUGGUUAUGUUGGGCUGUGGACAGGACAGAGCCCCAAUAAGUUUACAGUGUCUGGAAAUGAACGCAAUAAGGGACAUUGGUGGGAGAAUAUAAUUUCAGCAGUUUUACUAAAAAGUUCUCCAGUUAGCUGGCUAGUGCGAGAGACUCUUGAAACAGCUGUGGAUUUCCAGGAUGCAGUAGUGAGACUGGCCAAGGUGCCGAUCAUUACAGAUGUUUAUUAUAUUUUGGGUGGUGUUCGUGCUGGUGAGGGUGUGGUCAUAACCAGAGACCGGAGCGGAUCAGCUGACAUCUGGCCUUUGGAUCCACUUCAUGGAAACUGGUAUAGAGUUGAAACAAAUUAUGACCACUGGAAACCCGCCCCUAAACGAGACGACCGAAGAGAUGCGGCGAUGAAAGCAUUAAAUGCCACUGGUCAAAACCAUAUUAGUAUGGAUUCCCUAUAUCAGGUUUUAUCUGUGAAUCCAGUAUGUAAUGGGAUCACUGUUUAUACGACCGUCAUGAGUGCCGCUCCUGAGAAGUACAAAACAGUUGUCCGAGAUAUCUGUAUGUGAUGGAAUGCCUUGUUGCCUUGACCAGCUCAGCCAUAAUUUUCACCCAGUUUAGUUAUGAACUACCCAACAACUUCUGCUUCUCUUUUGCUUUUCACAACGGAAAUUAGUCACAUUUUAAUACCUGAAAAAUAAGACUGCAAGAUAUUGUGAUAAAUCUUAUAUUCUGUUUGAAUAAGAAGAAGAUUUUUAAAUGAUCACCUAAAUAGCUAUGUUUCAAAAGAAUCAUCAAAAAAAGUAAUAAUAAUAAAUCAAUUAAAACAAUAUCAGCUGAUUUUAACUGUUUAAUAAAUAAGAACUUAAUAUUAAGGAAAUAAUAUUGUCUGUUUUUGUUCUUUUUUGUCAACACAAAUGUAUACUUCUGUAAUAUAUUAAAGCAUUAAGCCCUAAGAAGCCGUGGUUUACAGUGAAUUUAUAACAGCUAAGGGGUUGUUAGGCAUGCACGUUUAUAUUUACUGAAAGUUUAUAUUUAUGCAUUAAAAGCAUAUGUGAUGGAUUCUUCCUGUUAUACAUGUAAUACAAAAUUGAACUGACUGUACCAAACUGAACUGAAUGCAAUAUAUUAAAAUUCAUUUGAAUCAUU